AUGGUCAGGGUUUCCCUCAACAAGCGCGUACCUGUGAGCUCACAAGCCACAUUUACCCUUCCAAUAUGCACCAACAUUGUCCUCGACAAGCAGGGCAAGUACCAGAUUUCACCUCCAAAGGUCAAGCUAUCAGACGAACACGUCUAUCUGGUUACCAAGUUCCUCUCCACCCAACAACGCAAACAGAAAUUUCACCUUGGGCCUCGCACUCCCCCUGCGGUUACGCAGAAGACAAGACCUCCGUCAACCAACGGACUUGUUGACUUACUCCAUUCCGGCACUAUCUAUCGGGGUCAGAACAGGAUCCCUUAG